AACUCUCCUCUUCACCCUAAAAACGCACCACCUCCCCAAUAAUCACGGCAGUCCUGCUCUGGCGUCCAGAAAAUGCGCACCGAAACCCCCGCGAACAUCUGCUCAAAAAACAAACAGAGGACAAGGAUCAUAAUAACAGUGUCGUCCAGCGACUUAUAGGAUCCUCCAGCAUCUCCCUCCACCACUGUCCGGAGAUACAUCCAGCCAUUCAUCCAUCCACCUGUUUAUAUCCUCACCUGCGGCAUGGAGAGCUGGAGCUGCCCGGAAUAACCAAAGCCUUAGGAAUGAGCAGCGCUUUUACUGAUCGAUCGCUUUAGUUUUCAGCUUUAGAGAUGAUGCCCGAGCACCAGAACCAUGUUGUCACCACUAUUGAGACCCUUCCUCCAGAAAGCGUCGGCGCUUCGACUCCAUCGCUUUAUCAGAGGAUGAAGAAAGUCUUAAACAGGGAACUUGUCCUCACACUGGCUCUCGGUCAGGUCUUAUCGCUGCUCAUCUGUGGGAUUGGCCUGACCAGCAAAUACCUGGCGGACGAUUAUCACGCAAACACCCCUGUGUUUCAGAGCUUUCUCAACUACAUCCUGCUGUUCCUGGUCUACACCACCACUCUGGCAGUCAGGCAAGGAGAGGAGAAUCUAUUGGCAAUACUGAAAAGACGAUGGUGGAAGUACAUGAUUCUGGGAUUGAUCGAUAUAGAGGCCAAUUACCUGGUCAUCAAAGCUUACCAGUACACCACACUGACCAGCGUUCAGCUCCUGGACUGCUUCGUGAUCCCCGUGGUGCUGCUGCUGUCCUGGUUCUUUCUCUUAGUCAGGUAUAAAGUGCUACACUUUGUGGGUGUUGGCGUGUGUCUCUUGGGCAUGGGCUGCAUGGUGGGCGCAGACGUCCUGGUGGGCCGACAACAAGGCCUCGGAGAUCAUAAGCUCUUGGGGGAUUUGUUGGUUCUUGGUGGAGCCACGCUGUACGGCAUAUCCAAUGUUUGUGAGGAGUUCAUCGUGAAGAAUCUGAGCCGGGUCGAAUUUCUGGGAAUGAUGGGUCUUUUUGGCUCCUUCUUCAGUGGCAUUCAACUGGCCAUUAUGGAGCACAAGGAGCUGCUGAAGGUGCAGUGGGACUGGCAGAUCGGGCUUCUGUACAUCGGCUUCAGUGCGUGUAUGUUUGGCCUGUACAGCUUCAUGCCAGUGGUGAUCAAGAGAACCAGCGCAACAGCGGUCAAUCUGUCUCUGCUCACAGCCGACCUGUACAGCCUCUUCUGCGGACUCUUCCUCUUCCAGUACAAGUUUUCAGGACUCUACCUGCUGUCCUUCUUCAUCAUCGUCCUGGGUCUGGUCCUCUACUCCUCCUCCUCCACCUACGUGGCACAGGAUCCUCGCGUGUAUAAGCAGUUCCGCAACACGGGAAACGCCCUCACAGACACGCCCACGUCCGGCCACCUGGAGCCCUCAGUGACCUAUACCAGCCUGGGCCAGGAAAUAGAGGAGGAGCCUCGCAUACGAGUCGCCUGAAGGGGACGUGGCCUCGCAGAUCAAUCAUCCACUGCCCCGCCCAGCAGUCUGUAGAAAAGCGAAUGAUAUCGAUCACCGAAUGAUGUAAUCAACCACGUAGCAAACGAGUACACUGUGAUCACGAACUGUCAGUAGGUAGCAGUGACUUCUGAGUUAUCAGAUCCAUCAUGUAUAGAGAUGACUUCACCUCAUUGCCUCUUUUCCCCGCGGCAAUUUAAAGGGACAGUUCAUCUAAAAACUUGAAUUUACUCAACAGUUUCAAGUGGUGUAUGUUUGGAAGAAUUAGAAUUAGAUCGUACAAAUUCAUUUGAAUUUGCCACUAAAUCAAGAAGUUGCCAAUUGCCGUGAGGCUGUGUUGUAAUAACUGGGAUAACCUGCAUUUAAAUUAUAUAUACUGUAUGUAACAUCUCACUCUUCACUUUGUAUUCAGUCAUUCAUUUUCCUUUAGCUUAGUCCCUUUAUUC